AUGAAACAUGCUGAUCAUGACCACUUGCCAAAUGAAGCUGACAAAGAAGUGUUGAUUAUACGCCAAAAUUUAAAACGCAAAGUGGUUGAAUCAUCGUUACCAAUUGAUGCUAUCGUCGAUCAAACAUAUGCUGGUCUCCAGAAUUCAACUGUAUGCCAAGAUGUUGUAAUUCAGUUACCAUCUAUUGCAACAAUGAGAAAUAAUCUUCAAAAGGAACGUCGCAAAACAAGACCAUCACUUCCCAAGAAUAUUACCGAGUUACCACAUCCAGUUCCAAUUAACUACCAAAAGAGUUUAAAUGGCGAACAAUUUGUACUUUAUGAUGGUUUAAUAGAUGGUUCACGAUGUAUUAUAUUUUCGACGCCAACUGAUAUGUUAUACUUAUCUCAAAGUGAAAUGUGGUACUGUGACGGGACAUUCUACGUUUGCCCAUCAAUAUUUUAUCAGAUUUAUUCUAUCCAUGAGUAUAAUGAUGAUGGUAUUAUGGCACCUUACGUAUAUUGUUCAUUACCUGGCAAAUCCGAAACAUUAUAUACUGGUAUGUUUGAAAAAAUAUUUCAACAGAUGAGCCAAAUGAAUUUACCAAUACGAUUACGUCGUGUCACAAUUGAUUUUGAAUUAGCUGUUGCGAAAGUAUUCCACAAAUAUUAUCCAUAUGUUGAAGUGAAAUAUUGUUUACUCCAUUUCGGACAAAAUUUAUUUAGAAAAUUUCAGGAUUUAGGCUUACAGGCAGCGUAUAAAGAUGGUUCAGAUCAUUUGCUGUUUACUUUUGCACCGCCCACGUACAAUCAUUUUAUGAAUUUCUCUCCACGCACAACCAAUCAUGUGGAUGGUCGUCAUUUGAAAUGGAAAAAACGUAGUGCAGCAGCUCACCCGAAUAUUUAUUGUACAAUUGAUUUACUGCGUCAAGAACAAUCACUUGGCGCAUUUAAUGCGCUUCGAGAUCAUAUGGGUGCACCACAGCCAAAACGACGUCGUGAUCAACAAAUAGCCGAGAAUUCUCUUCAAAAAUUAUGGCAACGAUAUUCGGAAGCAAAAACAGAUUUGGUUUCAUUCUUAAAUGCAGCAGGACUUAGAUAUUUUAAGUAUUUAGAACAAUAG